CUCCCUCUCCUCCUGCCAUUUCUAAUGGCAACUCUCUCCUGCCAGUGAGUAACUCCUCAUCUGUGAUUACCAGCUGUCUGUUUCUGCACUCUGGGGAUUAUUCAUAUCACUCGGGUCCAUUGGAAAAAUCCAAGUGUGUGUCAUUUACUUAUGGAAACUCUUUUGAGAAAGAGAUGGUGGACUUUGCAUGCAGCGUUUUUGUCAGCAUGUGGAGACGACUCAGGUAAACACGCAGCGUUCAUCCUGGAUUUGUUUGUUCAGUAUGAAUCAGUGUUUUCCUGCAUGAUGUUUUAUGAAUAAUCCCUGUGUCUCUAAUACAUUAUCCUACUGGUCUUUAGUCCUGUCAUAAUCAUCAGAUAGUUGCUGAAGUAUUUUAACAACUUUACUAAACACGGUACUGUAGUUUUAGAACUCACCAGACUACUACACUCUCAUGAAAUAAAUGGAUCGUAUUUAUUUAUUUAAAUAAUCCGGGGAAACUAUUUAUAUAUACAAUACAGUUCAUCCAAAGACAUAGAGGACGUGUAGCUACAAUGAAUUGUUUGGCUCUACCUAGUGGUCAUUUUGUGCAAUUUCAAUUACUUUUUUGACACAAUUUCACUUGUUGAUAUACAACAGAAAUUCUGUCUAUUUCUAAUGUGGAUGCCCUCUGAUUUUGAUGUUAACCUUUCUCCAGAUGAUUCACUUUUGUUGAUUUCCAUAACCCUCUGACCCUGAACCCCUCCUGUAUGCUACACCAUAACUUCUCCUGACCAAUCCAGACUCUGACAGCCUCACACAGCAGAGCUUGUCUGACGGCGAGGAGCAGCUGGACCGCCUCCAGCAGGCGGAGCUCACUCGAAACACAUGCAUGUCGCUCUGGAGGGCAGGUGCAGUCCAGGCCUGGCUGGAGGUUGGCAUGGGAAUGCCCAUGUAUAUUCGAGCCUGCUCUGAAAACAUCAAAAGUGGCAAGGUCCUGCUAGGCCUGACAGAUGAGGAUUUGGAGCUGGGUCUGGGUGUCAGUAAUCCCAUUCAUCACAGGAAACUGAGACUGGCCAUUGAGGAUUACAGGAGAGCCGAAGGGGACCAAGGACUAUCGAAGGCGUCGAAGAUGGACCAUCACUGGGUUGCAACAUCGUGGCUGAGUGACGUGGGGUUGCCUCAGUACUCGCAGACCUUCCAGACUCAUCUAGUGGACGGGCGAGUUCUGAACUCUCUGAGCCGCAGAGACCUGGAGAGAAUCCUCAACAUCAGUGACCAGUUCCACCAGACCAGUCUGCUCCUGGCAAUACAGCUACUGCAGAUGUUUAGUUUUGACAAAGAGGCGCUCCAGGCACAGCGGGCAAAAUGUGAGCACCAAGACCCGGACCCCAUUGUUUGGACAUGUCACAGAGUAAUGAAGUGGAUCAGAGACAUAGACCUCAAGGAGUUUGCAGACAAUCUUCAGGGUGAAGGGAUUCAUGGAGCGGUGAUGGCUCUGGAUCCGUCCUUUGACACAGUCGCCAUGGCCAAAGCCCUGGGGAUCCCCAGCAACAAACACAUGCUGCAUCGGCACCUGUACGAAGAGAUGAAAUCACUAGCCGUCCCUCACAGUGCAGAGCAGGGCAGUGAAGUUAUCGGUUCCUCUUCGCCAGUGGCUGUGAACCACUUUGCAGAGGAGAGGCUGUCUAUGAGAAGAUCAGGAAAGAGUCCGCUGAGGUUACAUGCCAACAGCCACUCUGUGGAGCGAAGUCUGGGCUUCAACAGCAGCUGUGGUUCUCUGCCCAGAGAGGCCCGAGUUCAGGCCGUUCCCCGGGCCAAAGGCAGCCCGAUGCACACCUACAAGAGUGUAGAAAUCACCAAUGUCUGAACCGACCGCCGCCAUCCAGAUCGUUCAUGUUGUUGCUAUUGUUUACAUUGUUACUGUAUUAUAGUUGUUUACCACUGAGAGUGACCUACACUCUGCAUUGAUGGACUUUUAGGAGUAAGUUGUCUUAAAGGAGUGUACAACUUCAUUAUUUUUGGCCAAUAUUAAAAUAACACAUGAACAGAAACAAUAAUCAUGUUUGACCCAGAGGAGCUGCUGUAAAUAUAAUUUAGAGGGAGUUGAGUUUAUGGACAAAAUCAAUUUUGUUUUAUUACGACUAAACGCCCAAAUUACUUUUAUAUUAUGAGUUUAUAAAAGACUGAACAGUGUUGUUAUCCUUUGAUGCCUUAUAUGAAAUAGGUCUCACAGCACGGUUAUUGACUGCUCUACAAUUUUGACUAUUUCUAACAUUACAGUAAAUUCAUGAUUAUGCUUGAGUUAUAGGAAAAAGUCAUUUUAACAUGCUUUCACUGUAGAGAUACAUAUCUGCUGUUGAAACCUGAACUGCGUCAGGUCAACGCAGCUGUACAUGUGUGUGAGAUGUUUGUCAUUACAUUAAAAGAUAUGUAAUUUGGACACGUGGGGGAGCUAAAAAUGGCAACAAGUUUUUCUUCUUUUAUGAUUCUAGCACCCAGGUUCAUCUUUAAUAUGAAUUCAGUCAUUUUGAAAACUGGUAAAAAUCCAUCUUCACAUAAGUCUUACAUAAUAUAUUAAUUUAAUUAAAGAACUGAAAUUGUUUUGUUUUUUAUUUGAAUGUGAAUGUUGAAAUAUUCUUUUUAACAAAACGUAUCUAGGUUAUACGUAAAUAAAACAUACAGCUAAAUGUUGGGUUUGAAAGUGCUGAUGUGUAAUAAUUCAUGCAAAUUAUCUGCACAUGUUCAUACUGUUUUUGUUAAGUGCUGAUGUAACGGCAAUACUAUUCCUUAUAUUAUGAGGUCAGUGGAGAGAUUGUACUGGUAUUUUUGUACAGUUUAAUGAUGUUUUAUAACACAUGGUUGUUUAAAGUUUGUUCCUGAGCAUGAAACACAAAUUAUAUGUCACAGGGCCACACUGUGUGCAGCUGAACGCCUGAGGUCAAUCCAAAUAGUCGGAAACAGGUUUGUCUGUCCCAAUGUGGGCGUCUCCUUCAGUCACCAAGAGCAACGUUGUUUAAGCGGGAAGAUUAGACUAGUUCAAACGUGUAUGGAAACAGAAGGGAAGGACUAUAAUUCAUGCUUUUAACACCAGUGUUAAUAUGACUGUUUACUCUCUUUCUUCGCCCUGCUGUCAGAGCUUU